AAUGUAUUGUUUUGGAAGAAAGUACUCCUACGAAGUGGUACAACUCGAAGAUUUCACAUCGACACAAUGUUUGUCAACCAAAACCAUCGCCGAAUGGUAUGGUUAUUUUCGCGAAAUGGUCAUUGACCAUUUCUUGUAUAAUGAUGAGGAAGUUGAUAAAGUUGGCGGUCCUGGACGAAUUGUUCAAAUUGAUAUAAGCAAAUUUGGAUGUCGAUCGUAUACUCGUAGUAAAAUUAAUCGAGUAGUUGAUAAUUGGGUUCUUGGAAUUAUUGAGGAAGGAUCAGAGGAUUUCAAGCUCAAGGUGUGCACAGAAACGAUACAAAAUGCUGAUGUUCUUAUUCCUUUUAUUCAAAAACAUGUUCAUUUGGGUUCCACUAUUGAGACGGAUUAUUCGGAGAUAUAUGAUUGCCUAAGUGAGCAUGGAUUUGUUCAUAAAAAAGUCAAGCAUUGCGACCCCAAUAAUCAGUCUGAUGUGGAAGAUGGAAGGAGAAGCCAUACUCCAAGAAUUCAGUCGCAGUGGGCUGCGGUCAAGGGAGCUUUCUACAAGGAUAAUAACAACAGGAAGGAUAGCAACAGUCAGAGUUUUGCUGAUUGGAUUGUUGAAUAUCAGUGGCGAAGGAAUUUAAGAAAGAAAUUUGAAGAUCCAUUUGAGCAAUUAGUUAAAGCCGUUCUAAAUGCUUUUGGUGAUUUUAGAAAUACCUAAUAUGUACAUAUUAUAAAUUGAAUAAACAGUUAACAUUGUCGUUUCAUAUGAAACCCGUUUAUGAUAAGAAGCUUA